CAGAGCAGCAGACAGAGAGGAACAUGCGGCGGACAAACUGUCUUCCCCAUCAGCUCCACCGCUGCCUCCGUCAUUAUCUUGUAAAUCCACCCAAACCCCGAUGAAGAAUAAUGUCACGGAACAACACCACGGAGGUCAGCGACUACACCUGCGUACGCUUUUACGUGUCCACGGUUUCUUUCUCCGUGCUGCUUUUCUUCAACCUCAUCAUCAACUGGACCAUCGUGCGCGAGGAGCGGCUCCGGCGUCACGCCCGCUUCGUGCUCAUUUUCCACCUGCUGGUGUCCGCGCUGGUUCACCUGGGCAUGAGCAGCGUGUUCUACUACCAGAUCCACCUGGGCACGCGGCUGUCCCACUCUGCGUGCAUGGCAAUGAUUACCAUUUUGAUCAGCAGCGCGUCCAACAUCCUCCUGACGCUCACCGCGAUGGCUCUGGACCGCUUCUGCGCCGUGUGCCACCCGAUGCGCUACAGCUCUGUGUGCAAUAAGGGCCACUGGCCCUGGCUCCUUGGAGUGUUUACCUGGAUGGUGGCGCUGGUGAUCCCCCUCAGUCUGUUUUUUAAAGACAGUGAUGAGCCCUAUCGGUGCGGCCGGGAGCAACUGAAGAAAGGCGAACUACAGAAGGUGCUCUUUAUAGGGCUGUGCACGCUGAUCAUUCUCUACAGCUACGUGAGGAUACUCGUGGAGGGACGGCGGCUCGGGGUCCUCAAUCGGAGAAAUCGGGCAGGAUGCAGGACGAUCGCCCUUCACGGUUCCCAGCUGGCUGUCUACCUGCUCCCCAACUUUGUGAACUUUGUGCUUUCAAUUCUCAACAAGCGGGAUUUUAUUCAGCCGGAGACCAAGGAGCUGUCCGCCGUUGUCGUUUUUGCUUUCUUCAGUCUGGCGCAGUGCUUUGCGCCAGUUGUUUACGGUUUGCGUAAAGAGGAACUUCUGGAGCAGUUGAGUCGCAGGUUCCCCUGCUGUUCCCGAUAUCUGAAGAGUGUCCUGGGCUGGACUGUGCGUGCUAACUGGUCUCAUGUGCCCUACAGAACGAGGGAGAGAACGAUGACGGCUCAGACCAUCAUUUCCCUGGAAGCCUCGCAAGUCCCAGAAGUCCCGCAAGAGGAAACUCAGCCGGUAGCAGUCAGGAGUUUCUCACAUGACCAGAGCUCAUGCCGAGGCAACGCGGAGGACGCCUGAAGGGAAAAAGCCGGUCUUCAUUGGGAUUUUAUUUGUAACAGGAACAUGUUCUCAGCUAGGAAGGGCCCUUUACGCCAUCACAUCAGUCCGUGAGGCUUCAUCCUGAUAUGGGAAUGUUACAGUCAUGCAGCAGCAGCAAGAUGGAACAUCAGCAUGUUUAUACUUGGGUCUAUUUUUGACAUUUUCUGCCUUUUCCUGGUGAACCACAUGCUGAUUAACAGCGGAGCUGCGCAGUGGUCGGAGGGAACCGUUCCCUGUCCUGGCUGGUCCAGACUUAAGCUCCCUGACCUCCAGGCUGAUGGAGACAUUUGGGAUCUUAAUGACUGGAAUAUACGAGUUUCUUAAAUAUGUGGUCUGAUGAAUGUUGUUUAUAUAUAUUAUUAAUAUUGUUGACA